UGUCACUUACGAGAGUACAAUGCUUACAAUUUACAAAAACUAAAUAAUAAAUAAAAUCAAAUUGGUUGCGUGCUAGUGCUUUAGGUGCAUACUUUAAAAGACUAAGACAAAGUUUUUUAUGUAGUACAUUGACUUUUGCAAGAAUGUUUUGAUGUAAACAUUAUUAAAAAUAAAUAAAACUUACUUUAAAAAAUUACCUAUAUGAAAAAAAUGCCGGUUGAAUUAAAUAGUCUAACAGAGGGAUGGUUAGAAUUAGAAAGUGAUCCCGGAUUGUUCACAUUACUAUUAGAAGAUUUUGGUGUUAAAGGAGUCCAAGUAGAAGAAAUUUAUGACUUACACAAACCAUUUGAAAGUCCUGUUUAUGGUUUUAUUUUUUUAUUUCGUUGGAUUGAAGAGCGACGAUCGCGUCGUAAAUUUGUAGAGCAGACUGAAAGUUUUGUGCGAGAUGAGGAAACUAUUAAUAAUAUAUUUUUUGCACAGCAAAUGGUUCCAAAUAGUUGUGCUACACAUGCCUUGCUUUCAAUUUUAUUGAACUGUCCCAACCUUCACUUAGGAGAAACACUGAGUAGGCUAAAGCAUCACACACUUGGUAUGAACCCAGAAAACAAAGGCUGGGCAAUAGGAAACACUCCCGAACUUGCUUGUGCACACAAUUCACAUGCUAUUCCACAAGCUCGUAAAAAGACUGAUAAAAAUGCAGUAGUCCCAACUGGACGCUUCACAGGAGAAGCUUACCAUUUUGUAAGCUUUGUCCCAAUAAAUGGUCAUUUAUUUGAAUUGGAUGGGCUAAAGCCCUAUCCUACGGACCAUGGACCCUGGGCUAUAGAUGAGGAUUGGACUGAUAAGUUUAAGAGGGUUAUGGCUGAGAGACUUGGACGAGAUGCCGGAGAGCAAGUGCACGAUAUAAGGUUCAAUCUUAUGGCAGUGGUACCUGACAGAAGAAUAGCACUAACACAAAGAUUAAGUUUAUUGGAAAUCAACCAGAAGAGAGUAAAGGAAGCCAUCUCCAAAAUAGGAAAACAUUUACGAUAUCUUCUAAAUAAAAACCGAGAAUUCAGUGAUGAGGGUAUGUCACAGAGCAAUAAUGUCGAUCCUGUAAUCGAAAGUUCUAUUCAUAUAUGCGAAGAUGCAAUUCUCAAUGCUCUAGAUGCCUCUGAAGUAUCAUCGCUUGAUUUGGAUUUUACUCAAUCCAUAACAAUUGAAAUUGGUUCAACCGAAAGAGCACAAUUUGAUAGCUGUCUCAGAUUGGCUGAUCCUAUUGAACCUACAUCGGUAGUUAAAUUUGUUACUAUAAAUGGAGAAAAUCAGAUUCUUUCUGAUAUCUACCCAACUUCCACUACUGCUCUAGUCAAAAGCAACAAUAUGCCCAUUGUAUUAUGUUCCGAAGUGGUGCCUGAGCAGCCACAUAGAAUGAGAAAAUUAUUAUUUACACAUUCGGAGCUGAACUCACUGAUGAGUAGUAUAAUAGCUCAGGUAGAGUCAUGUCAACAGGCUCUGAAUGAUGAAAACGACAAAAGGGAUAUGUAUAAGGUAGACGAUUGUCGUCGCACGCACAACUAUGACGAGUUUAUCUGCACGUUCCUGUCAAUGCUGGCGGAGCGCGGCGUGCUGGCGGAGCUGGUGGCGGCGCAGCUGGAGCGCGGCCGGAGUUCGCGCGCGCGGCGCCGCCGGCCGCGGCCGCGACCCCGCGCGCGCCCGCGACCUCGCCCGAGGGCGCGGAAAUAAUCUUUAUUUUAAGGAUCCGUUCCUUCGAGUUCAAAAAAAUCCAUAUGGUGAGAUUUCGGUGACUGCCGGUUUGUCUGUAGAUUUGCUCAGAAAUAUUGAGUUUGGUUGAAGUAUAUGCAGUAAGUUCUAUUUUCAUAUGAGAAAGCAACAGUACAGACUCAGUCACUCAAUCACACAAAUUUCGCCAUGAUUCUGUGUGAAGAACUAAAUUGAGAAAAGUUUGUCUUAUUUAUUGCUUUAAGAUGCGCAAGAUGUUUUACCUUGUGGGGUAUUCUUUUUUUUUAA